CGUUUGGGAAGAACCCGCAGAUCAGAGUCGAAAAGAGAUGGUCCUUGGUUCGCUGUGCCUUCUCCGGCCGCACCAUCAAAUUCUGAAGCACUGCACAGAAAAUAAAGCGGUUCUACUCUGUUGCCGGACGGAAGGAAGCAACGGCUAUGGCCUCAGUUUCAGUUUCAGUUUCCGACGAUUCUGUUUGAAGACUAAGGAAGAACUCCUGAUAUUGCAGAAAAGAGAUAUUCAGACAGUGAAUCCAGAAAUCUGUUCCCUAUGGAGAAGAGGCUGCGUUCUUCUCUUGAAUCCUCGGCGGAAGAAUUCGUCUCCUCUGCAAUAAAACUAAGCCUGAAGUCGUCAAAGCACGUUCUCAAAACCCUAAUUCAUGGCGUGAGGUCUUCUUCAGAACUCUCCUCUUCUAUUCCUCUUACCCUCCAACUUUCUAUUUCUCGCGCAAUCGAAACUUUUCGGAAUCUUCUAGGCCCCAAUUGCGCAAACUCUGAUCCACAGUGCAGCUCUAGUCCCUCCAAGUACCCGCUGUCUCCUCCAACCAAACGUCUGCGGCGAUCUCUGCGACAUUCCAAAACUCGGGAAUGCGAAGAUUUAGAGGGUAAUGAAUCCAAUUUGAACUUCCAAAAGGAGAAGCUUCUCGUAGAGCUGGAAAUUCUUUCGUACCUUGUGCUCUUGUGCAUUUCGCAUCCUAAUAGAGCAUUUUCUCUGACCGAUUUACUUCCGUGUGCUCGGGAGUUGCACGAUAAUUUGAUUAUAUUCGAGUGGAGUUCGGUACUGUCAUCGGAGAUUGCAAAUUUGUGCGAGGAAUGGUGGAAGGAGGACUUGCCGGGGCGAGAAUCACUGAUCUCUCAGGCCCUCCCUUUCUUACUCUCCAGAUCAUUGACACUAAAGAAAAAGGUCGAUGUGCACAAAGUCUAUAUGCUUCGCGAGGCUUUUUCUUUGUUUGAUUUUGAGGACGAGAGUAUCAAAGAUUUGAAACUUUUGCUUAUUCGUUGCGUUAUUGAACCCAUAUAUCUUAAAACAGAGGAUGGUCGUCGGUUUGUGGCGUAUGCUUUCGGCUUAAGUCGGCAGCUGUCGAAGGAAACAUUGGCAAUUAUUCGAUCCCAAAUUCCAUUUGGGAGAAAAUCCAUGUUGGAGGCGUACGGAGACAUCUUGUUUCGUGCUUGGCGGAAUUCAGAAGGAGAUACAAGGGAUGAAAUCGAGAAUGGAUUUUUGCAGAGUUUGGUGGAAGGUGCCAUACAUUCGAGCACAACUGCCUUUGGUGCUUCAAUUAGAAGGGUUUUGGGAGGGUUUGUAAACCAGCGAACUGUAGAUGGUGUUGAGAAGCUUCUUUUCCGUAUAACUGAGCCUCUGAUAUUUCGAUCGCUGCAGGUUGCAAAUUCAAAUGUCCGUCAAAAUGCAUUACACCUACUUUUAGAUGUAUUUCCUCUCGAAAAUCCAGAUGCUACAAAAGAGCGGAAAGACACAUUGCUCGAUAGACAGUUCUUUUUAAUAGAGAAGCUUCUCAUGGACGAUAGUCAAGAUGUCAGAGUUGUAGCAGUUGAAGGCUGUUGUCGCAUCCUUUGUUUAUUUUGGGAAAUAAUCCCUUCAUCAACCAUCACAAAGAUCAUCACCAAAAUUUUUGACGAAAUGUCCCAUGAUACAUCCAAUGAGGUUAGGUUUUCAACAUUGAAUGGUAUAAUUUAUUUGUUUGGAAACCCCCAAUCUCAUGAAGUUUUGAAAGUGGUCCUACCAAGGUUGGGACAUUUAAUGCUGGAUAAUGCUCUUUCGGUAAGAGUAGCUCUAGCAGAUCUCCUUCUUCUUAUCAGGGAUGUUCGCAAUUUCCAGUUUAAUAAGGUGGUCAGUUUAGAUUUACUGUUAGAGGUACUUGCAAAUGAUCAACACAUUAUUAGUCAGAAAAUUACUAGAUUGCUGAUGCCAUCGUAUUUUCCUACCAAAGUAUCAGUUGAAGAGGCCUGCAGUCGCUGCAUUACACUUAUAAAGAGAUCUCCCAUGGCUGGAGCAAGAUUUUGCCAAUUUUCUGUAUCAGAAGGGGCAUCUCUUAAGUCAAUUAUGGAACUUGUCCGAGUAAUAAUAAAUUUGGUUUUGUCCUCUGCCAAGCUGGAUACAAAUUACAUCGAUGGCUUACUACUUUCGGCUGAAUACCUCUGCAGCAGCAUUUUGAGUGAGCCAUGUUACAAGAACAAUCUCAAAGAUUUGUUCAUCGGUGAACAAUUAAAGAGCUUGCUCUCUGUAGCACAAUCUGGGCAUGCACGAUCUUCUAUAUUCAACAUUGUUUCCUUGUUUUCUCCUAAUGGUUUUACGGAUCUUCUUGAGGAGGGCAUGCGAUUAAUUAUUAACUGUCGUGGCUUAUCGGAAAACUUAGAAAAGCAAGCAGAAGUGAGGUCUGGCCAUAAGUUUUUCUUGUCUUGUGAUGAACUGGAUGUCAUGUUUGAAGCCAUGGCAUUGAUACUACAGAAAUCUGCUUAUCGUUGCCACAUUAAGUUUGGUACACCGAACCUUGGUGUUUCCCCUGCAAAGAGAAAGAAAUGCAAAUUAUCAGGAAAAAUACUGUCUAGAUUGAAACAUUUUGGUGGAAAAAAACAUCUGAGCUUUGAAGACGAUUACUUGAUUGCAGUAGGAAUGGCGUGGCAAGUAAAAGAUUUGCUUUUAGACGAAGAAAUGAAGAGUGGUUUAUUGAGUUCCCAGACUAUAGAGACAAUAUUUCUUACUUUAAAGGUUAUCUGCGAAGUAUGUAUUGUGCAGUGCGUAGAUUAUGAAUUUAUGGAUGUAUCUCCUGUUCUGGCAUAUGCAUCUCUUGCUUUACACAUGACUCUUCAGAAUGGCAGUCAAAGUAUUAUGAGUACUAGUGGAGCCAAGAACAAAAUUGCGACAGAUUCUUCGAGUUCAGAGGCCUUACUGGAGGAGACACUGGAUCACUUGCUUAAAUGCAUAGAGAAACUUUAUGUGUCAGAGGACAUUAGAAAACCUGACGUAGAACUUACACGAGGUAACAGAAAAUUGGCUGAACAGGUGGAACAAAAACAUAAGGAAUCUGGGAUAGAUCAUUCUCACCCUCUGGAGGGAGGAUGCGUCGAUGUUUCAAAAAAGACGGUGAAGCAGGGGACCAUCCUUACAGCAGUUCUCAAGUUCAUUGUUGAUGCUAUUUCAAUGGGAUUUCUUUCACAGAAGUACGAAUUGUGCUUGAAGUUCACGACAAAGUAUAUGCAGUACAUUAUUUGGAUUUUAGGCCAAGAAGGUUACAAGGAUAUUCAGUUUGAGGAAAUGAAAGAAAUUAUCCUUUGUCUAAAGAGCUCUUUGAGCUAUGCUGGAAAGUUACUAAAUCAAAUACAAAGACAUGUCCAAGAUUCCUCAAUGUUGACGCAACAACUUUCAUAUCUUGCCAAUAAUUUGCUUGAUUUGAUUGCCUCAACUGAACUGCACUUGGGGCCUGGUUAUGCAGCUCGUCUUGUUGCAGCAGCAAAGCCUUGGCUUCCUGAUCUGAUUCUGGCAUUAAGAGCUGGUAGCAUAAUGAGACAAGUUGAAGGCAAAGAGGCACACGUCGACUUAUUUGAUCAGACCAAACUCUAUUUUCCCUCAUGGCUAUCAACGGUUGCAAAGAUUGAACUUUCAGGCAUGACUGAAGAUUCUACCGAGGAGGAUGACGAUGACAGAUUUUCUGAUCGACAUGAUUUUCCUAUAUUUAACAAAUUCAUUAGGAUGAUUGUCACAUUUUUGAAACGAGAUCACCACAUCCUGGAUGCAGUUGGAGUGGUUUUUAUGAUGGGCUCAGAAGUUGGGUUGGAAAGAAAGGAUUUUGGGCUGGUACUGGGACUUCUACAGUUUGUGUGCCAAAGCCUGUAUUGUGCUGACAACAGAGACUGGGGCGAUAUGAUGUUGACUACUUUGCAACGUUGCUACCCUCAGAUAGAGAGAGAAAUAGAACAAUGUAACGAAGAUGGAAGGCAUCAAUUAGAUCGAGCAAAGGCUUUGCUCGAGCCUGUAUGGUUGUACCACAUUUUCGAAACUGGUAAGCUUUCAAUGAUGGAUGAGUAGUUAAAAACCUUAUGUUACAGUACCAAAUGUUAUUUCUAUCAUUUAGUUCUCCUUGUAAGAUGUAUAGCCCUUUAAUGGUGAAGCUGAGAGUGGCUAAAUCAA